CUCGUGUUUUUAAAUAUGGUGGAAUUAUGAAGAGAAAGAGUGGUGAAAGUGUGGAAAAUCAUUGCGAGAAACCGGCGAAAAUGAGCAGAUCUACCGAAAAAGACAAGAAAUACGACAGGCAGUUGAGGUGGGUUGCUCACAUUUUGAGUUUUGUAGAUUUGUCAAUGAUAAACUGGCGGUACUAUUUAUAGUUGGAGCUGAAAGUGUCAAAAUGUUGACAAUCACUAAAUAGUCCUAUAUGCUUAUUUUGUUUGUCAUUGUACGAUAACUCAUAAGAUGUUGCUGUAAUGACAACAAUCACUUAUAUCACAUAUGGUUUAUAUGACAUUAUAUAAUUGUACAUUUUGUAUAAAUACGUAUUAAAUCUUGCCAUUCAUUGCAAAAGUCGCCAGAAUAUUAUAUUCCACAGGCUAUGGGGAGAUCAUGGUCAGAGGAGGCUUGAAAAUGCCAAAGUAUGCUUGAUUAAUGCAACAGCUCUUGGAACAGAAAUCCUUAAAAAUCUUGUACUUCCUGGUAUGUUCAAGAGUUAAUUUAUUAUAGUAGAAUUAGAACUCAUUAAGCAGCCAUGCCUCCUCUAAUACAUCUUAUGCAUAAUGACGUCACAAGGCUUGAUGCCUGCGAAGAAUGCUGGUCUUGGUAGUCAUCGCCCGGGAAAGUUUCGAUAGUGGCCGUUUUGAAUUGUUUAAUUUUCCCGGGCGAUGACUACUUUGACCAGCAUUCUUCGUGGGCAUCAAGCCUUGUGACGUCAUUAUGCAUAUAAGGUCUAUUCUCCCUAUCCAAGUGCUUUAUUAUUUGACUCAGUCAUUUGUAUGAUUUUUGUUGUCAAAGGCAGAGUCUUGCAUGUCAGUGGGUUAACCCAUUAAUUGCUAAUGAUUCCCAUUUUUGAGUAAACUCAUCUGGUCUGCCAGAGUGUCCGUUAUCUGGUUAACCUAUUAACCACCUCAUGCCCAUGUGUCUACUUUCCAAUCAUCUUUCUUUAACCAUAUAGUUAAACCCCUGACUGGAAAGUUUGGAAAUUGUGCACUGGAGAUUUCGAAAGUGUAAUAGUACACAUAUAGAAAGCAUCAAAAUUGUGCGGCCGAUAUCUCUGCCACGUGAUACAAACUUGAUCCUGACACUUUCUCCAGUCCAAUUACUUUUACACUUCAGAUUUGUCCUGUACAUGGUCCUUAGUGCACGACUUUCAUUGCCAUAGGACAUAGCUGCCUGUUUGUAUGUCUAUAUGUCUGCCUCAUUUGUCUUUCCAAAUGGAUCUGGCUUACUUACUCUAUCGCUCUACAAUUCCUAUCAUAUACUUUCUCUUUCUUAAGUCAUUCCUCCAGUUAAGAAUUUUUAAUAUAGUAUAUACAUGAGUAUAUACUAAUAAGUACACAAAAUCUAAAUUCUUAGCAGGUGUCUUACAUGGGUCCUUUUUCAAAAGUCCUGUUCGUACCUUGCCUUUCUAACACCAGGCGAUUUUAUUUGUCAAGGGGAGCAUGUUAGACAUGCUCAAUGGGUUAAUACCGUCGCUUGCAACUAAGGAUGAACAGUCGUAGAUAAAACAUUGUCUAUUGUCAUGACAAAGUUCAAUGUUUUUGCUGAGAAAGUUCAAUGUUUGUGAUGACAUUUGACAGUUUCAAUUCGCUCAGCCAAUCAGCUUUGAGCUGGUUGAACGUGAUUGGCUGAUAAGAUUAAAACCUGUCAAGUGCUCUUGACAAACAUUGAGGAUUCUCACGUGAAUAGGCAAUGUUUUUAUCAGAGACCGUUCAUCCUUUAAUAGUUGCAAGCGACGGUACAGUAUGUAACCAUAAUUACAUUUGUCGUAAGUCAACUGUUCUGUAGCCUAAGAUAUUUUAUAAUUUUUGAAACACUAAUAUGGAACACCAUUUUAAUUAUAUUCCAGGAAUUGGUUCAUUUUGUGUAGUUGAUAAACACAAAGUUUUUGAUAAAGACAUAGGCAAUAAGUAAGCAGAAAAAUCACGACUAGAACUUAAAUAUUCAUUCUUAUUUCUUCUUAGUAUUGAAUUUUACUAAUUGUUGUUAUAUUUGAUUCAUCAGCUUCUUUCUAAGUAAAGACUUUAUUGGAAAAAGUCGAGCUCAGUGUGCUGUUGAACAUUUACAAGAACUGAAUCCUGACGUUUCAGGACAUUUUAUUGACGAGGUAAGAAAUAUGUCAAAUCAACAAAAUUGCAACAUUAAUUGACUCAUUAGUUAUAUUAAUUAUAUAUUAAUUAAUCAUUAAUAGUAUUAAUUAAUGAUUAUAUAGUUGUAGUCACUGAUUUAAAUCAACAAUACUUUUCACUAAGAGAAUUUUUUCUUAAUGGGGAUAUUUUUGAAACUUGAAAAAAAAUUGAAAAAUAAUUUUAUUUGAUUGCCAUUUAUGUAAAAAAUAAAGGUAUAAAAUAAACUCCAUACAGGAAUUUAUCAUGGGCUAUUAAAUUAAACACUGAAUUGAAAAACAAUGUGCUGGCCAAAUUUUUGUUUGAAAAUGAAUAUAUGUGAGAUUAAGAAACUACUUCUUUAUUGCAUCAAGGAUCCGUCAGAUCUAGCAACAAAUAAUCCAGACUUUUUCAAAGAAUUUUCUGUCGUCAUUGCAACAGGAUUGUCACAGAGGUAAUGUAACUUUUUAAGUUUUGAAACAUAAACUUGAUAUGAAAUUAAAACUGCAAGAGAAAAGAUUUAAAAAUGGACGUAACCAAGACAAAUUUUGGGUAUGUUGUUUAGGACACGUGUGAAAGUUUCGUGUUGUCUUUGGGAAGCAGGCAUUCCUCUACUGGUGUGUUCAGCUUAUGGCAUGAUUGGCAUGAUGAGACUGGCUCUCCAAGAACAUACAGGUGAACUAUCUAGAAAAACUAGCUGGAAUAAGCUUACCAUAAAUUACAGAAUACCCCAUUCCUGUGCAAACACAAUUGAUGCUGCUCCUCAACGAAUUGAACAUCUAACAAUUCCUGGUGUAGUCCAUUUUCUCUUGAGACAGAAGGAGAUGACCCAUUCACUAGCUAUGCAGGGGAGAUCUAUAGCCUCAUAUACAAGGAGGGGAGCAGGGUGCAUUUUUUUAGGGUGGGCUGGACUUCUCUGUGGGGGUGCUAGCUAGACACCACGCCUGUAGCUAUGUGCCACUGCAUAUAGCCAUAUUUUCGGUGGCUACAUUGCAGUCAUGUGCACCGUUAUAAAACUAAUCUGUGGUUAUAUAUUUAACCCUUUAAGUGGCAAUGUACCCCACUACCCUGACACACUCUACUUUAUUAUUUUACUCUGUCUAACGCCUGACGAUUUUACUCGUCAAGGUUAGAGCACUGCCGCUCAAUGGAUUAUUUUAAUAAAUGCAUCCUGACAACCCUUUACAUGGCAAUGCACCUCGACAUGAUAAGCAGUCGUCAGGGCAAGUGCCUAUCACCCCUGAGAUUGUGGGUUUGAUUCUCGCUACGGACUCAUGUGAAAAGAGUCAGUCAACGCUCUGCCGAAAGUCGUGGGUUUUCUCAGGGUGCUCCGGUUUCCUCCCACAGGGAAACAGUUGACAGGGUGGGUUAGGAUAAAAACACAGUUAAGACAGUAAUAUAAAGAUAAAUAGUCUGGGCUAAGUAAGCGACAUAAGUAUAACCGUAAUACUUGAUGUAAUCGGUCACUGAAAAGCCCAAAUGGGGAGUGAGCUGAAUAAUAAUGUGAUGAAUUACCUACGUAAUAAUUAUAAUUAAAAUAUUAAAUUUUCUCCAACUUACAGUAAUAGAAUCUCAUCCUGAUAAUAUGUUUGAAGAUCUACGCCUUGAUCAACCAUUUCCUCAACUGCAGACAUUCUCAGAUUCACUCGACUUAACUUCAAUGUCUAAAUUGGUAAAGUAAUAUAAAAUUGAUAAAGUAAUAUAAAAUUGAUAAAGUAAUAUAAUGAAAACGGAGCUAUUUAAAUGAAACGAUCAAGAUGGGAUAAAAGAUGGAAUGAUUUUGACGUGUGGAAGAAAUCACUCUCUACCAAAAAAUCACAUGCUUUCUCCAUGUAAAGCCUUGCCUUUGGUCAAGUGACUGUGAGGACGAGAGUUGAAAAGCGAGAGUUUACAUGAGAUUUUCCUCAACUCUCGUGCCCCAAUCAAACGAGAACAAGAGUUGCAUGAGAGUUGAUGAGAGUUGAGAAGCGAGAGUUCAUGCUCCGGUCAAACGAGAACAAGAGUUGCGUGAGAGUUGAUGAGAGUUGAGAAGCGAGAGUUUUUAUGUGAGUUUUCUCAACUCUCAUGCCCCGGUCAAACGAGAACAAGAGUUGCAUAAGAGUUGAUGAGAGUUGAGAAGCGAGAGUUUGCAUGUGAGUUUUCUCAACUCUCAUGCCCCGGUCAAACGAGAACAAUUAGAGUUGCAUGAGAGUUGAUGAGAGUUGAGAAGAGAGAAAGUUUGCAUGAGAGUUUUCUCAACUCUCAUGCCCCGGUCAAACGAGAACAAGAGUUGCAUGAGAGUUGAUGAGAGUUGAGAAGAGAGAGUUUGCAUGUGAGUUUUCUCAACUCUCGUGUCCCGGUCAAACGAGAACAAGAGCUACUGUACAUGAGAGUUGACUUACAAAUCCUUUAAAACUUAGAAUUUCCCUGUGCAAAAUUCCUACUGUGAUCACAGAAACUUUGAUAGUGUAAAAUUAUUUGAUUUAGUACAUUUUUCCUCUACCAGUAUGUUAAUGAUAAUUUGUGAUUUAUUUUAAGGAUCAUUCCCAUACACCGUACGUAGUUCUUCUUUUGAAAUGCCUUGACAAGUGGAAAAAAACGGUGAGCCUGCAAUAAUAGACAAUUCCCAUUAUAGACUAAUUUUAAAACUAGGCAAGGAGAUGCAAAUAAAUCACCACAGCGAGAAAGAACAUACUAAAAUGAGUAAAAUUGCAAAGUUUGGUUGCGAGAUGUUGUAAAAUGCGGAAAAUAUAGCCUUGCAAAGUUCGCAAAUUUUGUAUAUUUUUGUAUUGCGUGCGGAAAUUGCAACCAUUUUCGGCCCGAAUGUAGUAGCAAUUUCCGCACGCAAUACAAAAGUGUACAAAAUUUGCGAACUUCGCAAGGCUAUAUUUUCCGCAUUUUACAACAUUUCGCAACCAAAGUUUGCAAUUUUACUUAUUUUAGUAUGCUCUUUCCGGGAAUAUACUUUUUUUUGCCAAGAUAAAAAAUUCAAUGUCUAUAAUGGGAAUUGUCAUUCUUAAGAUGUCUUUUCACUUGUGAACUUUUUUUCGAUUGUGAAAGUUGAAAUAGUUGUUUAUUUUUAAUUUCUUCUGUAUUAUAUUCCAGAAUGAAGGUAGAGCUCCGAAAAAUUAUAAGGAAAAAUGUUCCUUUAAAGAAAUGUUACGUCAAGGUAUUUUUAUACGUUUUCCAUAAACCAAACCGCAUAUUAUAAAGAAAGUUAGUUAGUUUUUCAAGGUAGUGCAGCUAUAAACUUAUUUUCUAAUAAAUUGCAGGAAUAUUAGUUCAAGAAAACGGUGUCCCAGAAGAGGAAGAUAAUUUUGACGAAGCCCUCAAGGCAGUUAAUACUUCAUUCACUACGAGCAGGGUAUGGAAUUUUCUAGCCAAGUUUAGCGGGAUUUGUCGAAGAUGUGGCUUUUAUAUGCAUGGCAAUAUUCUGAAUUUAUAUUCUUUUUGUAUUCUUUUAGAUACCAGGAAAUGUACAAGAAAUACUUAAUGACAGUAAAUGUGAAACCAUAUCACCUUCGGUAAGUGAGCGGACGCGAUCUUGACAACAUAUUCUUCACUGCUUCAUCAAUUUUCAGCAGGGUGUGAUAAUUCGCGUACUUACUGUACGUAUACUGGAGGUAUACGGCAAUAUUACUGUCUGGUACUUCUUUGUUUUCAGCCACGUACCACGUAGGUACGAGGAACUCUUGCUAUAUCUGCGUACUUAUUUUUUGCUGGUAGCACAUGACCUUUCCAAG